AUGUCUGCAGAACUGUGCAAAUUCUUCUCCCGCAUCUUCAAUGAAAUGCCUGAUCACAUCUCUCGUCUCCUCACUCCAUACCUGAUGUCCUCUGCUCUUGGUAUUUCUCCUGCUACUCCUGCCACUUCUGUCAAGCCUGAUACCACGAGUCAGGAUUCUUCCCCAUCCUCCCAAUGUCUCGAUCUUCUACAACGAAACCCUUCUUUAUGA